GAUUUAUUUAUUUAAUAAAAUAUGCUAAGAGAUGCCAGGCCCGCAAGAAAUACGGACCAGUGCAGCAUGUACCAGCUUAAGAAUUGCAUCCGAUCUUAAAGACUUCGCGCCUCGACGCUUUGCUUUGAUCCCUGACCUAAACUCUUUGGUAGGCUACUCUUCUACCAUGAAAUGCUAUAAGUUAGGUUUUUUAGCUUGCCUUUCUCCUUUCGUUCACUCGGCCUUCAAAGAAAGAUGGACGGGGCGGGCAGAGGAAAACCUAACGAUUGUUCCAAUCGAAAUGGAAAGAAAACCCAUGAAUAGGAGGUUAGGGGGGACAGAAGUACUCAACGAGGAUAAGGGAUCCCCCCGGGUGGAUGCGCGUGAGAAGAACUAAAGCCACUACAAGACUCCUACCUAAUAUCUUGCUAUAGGCGCUUUUGGCUUUUGACUUGUUUAUGUAUGAUUACGAUAGAACUAGGGGCGCUAGCGUUGAUGAAAAUUCCUAUUCUUGCCUAAGCCUUCUACUUACUUUUCGAGUAUAGCCUUGUGAGGAACUUAACUUUAGCUCUUCGAAUGACAGAAACAUCUUUCUUGCUCUAUGCGAAGAAUAGCCCUUAAAGCUGGAGAAGGAAGAAGUGUGAAAGCAAGCAAGUCAAAUUCAGGCACAUUAGUAAGUUCUUUUCUCUGAAGAAUGUUCGAACUCAGACAUAGAUGACUGGGAUCACUACACUGGCUUUGUUGGUUGGUUUGAGGUAGGCAAGUAAAGAAUAAGAAAUUAGGCAGGGACCACGCUACACUCUCACCUCUCUCGAGCUACAGGAACCCUAAGCCAGGUAUGAUGCUGACUUUGCAAGCGCAGGGAAAAGAGCUGGUAGUGAUUCUUCGGGACAAAGGCCAAGGGUGAAGCCGGGGAAGUUUAAUAUUUAAUAAAUUCAUAAAUGACAUCGCCUUUAGGGGCGCCGUUUUCAUCCAACUAGAAAUAUCGUAUGAGAAGCAAAAGAAUGUUACGUUACGCCCAAAAGUCCCAUGCAUCCUUUCUUUCUUUGGUCAACAACCAAGCACAACUCAAUAGAAUGAAUUCUUCAAGACUCCUACAUGAACUUUCUGUCUGGAGGGAAUCAAUUUUUCUCAAUCAAUCACUACACUAUGUUUCAACAAUUUCUCAAUGCUAUGUCAAGGGCCUUCCACUGGAUUCGAAAUUGCGGAAACCUGAGCCUGAGGUCUUGUCUUAAAAGAGAAAGUCUCUCAAGAGUUGAGAGCAUCGGACUUGACUUGGAAGAAAAUAUUGUAUCUUCUUUCUGUUUUAGGGGGGGCCACUAUUCCUUUAGUCGUUCAAGAUCAAGUUCUCGCCCAUUGCGAUGGGAUCGCUGGGAUGGAAGGGCCACCAACUCCGCCAGGUAUAGAACCGAAGCACCUCUUGAAGCGCCCCAGCGGCGCCCCUACCUCAACCGGUUAUUCUAUUAUCCCGGAAUAAGAACCUCCCCUAAUCUCGGACGCAUUUCUAAUAGAUAUUCUUUAUUGCCGCUACGGGCUCCUGAAUCUUGGGGGGGCUGACGGGUUGAACCGUCAGGUGUCCAUCCAUAGUCAAUUAAAAAUUACAAGUAGAACGGCGUGUGGAAGCUGCGUUGGUAGCGGACGGUUUUUACCCCCUUUCUAUUCUUGAUAGGUACCGUGACAUUCGUUACUAUCUCCAUUCCCUGCGGGGGGGGGGCUGAUGACGCCACGGACCUAUCAGUCCUAUGUCAUGCAAAUAAUGGAGCAUGGCACCCGGCAAAGCCUUCCCUAUCUGCGGGUCAUCCAAGCCAUCCAUCAUUCGCAUAUUCUGUUAGACCGAGUGGAUGGUCAAUAGUUUUAACCGCAGGGAAUCAAUGGGCCAGCUCCGAGAAUAAAUAAAAUAAGUGGCUCUUUUUGUUUCUAUACGCAAUUCACGUUAACAUGCGUCUGUAGCCGUUGCAAACAGAGGUAGGAGGAGGACCAAAACCAGACAGAAAAUGGAAAAGAAGAGCGACCCCUAUUCAAACCGAAAGAAGUACCUCACCUUACGAAGAAGUAGUUGGAGCUGGGCUCCGAACUAUGAGAGUUUGCUUUUGUAUUAUGUUUCUAAGAGAGGUAUGAUCAAAUAAGGGAUCAGACCGCUCCCGGUGUUCGAACAAGUCAUUAAUGGUCGGCUUCAUUGGUAUCCUUUCGAUAUGCGUUGCGAACACUUUCAUUUUUAGCGUCUCAUCUUCUCUAGAGAAGCGAAACUCGAACGGAUAGAGCGGAUGGUCCAACUACAUAACUUUUUCUUUUUCAUUACUUCUAUGGUCGUGCCUCGUGGCACGGCAGCACCCUUACUAUUGAAAUGGUUCGUCAGUAGAGAUGUUCCCACAGGUGCCCCUUUUUCCAAUGGUACUCUAAUUCCAAUUCUUAUCCCUUCAUUCCCUCUUUUGGUCUAUCUACAUUCCAGGAAAUUCAGACGCUCCAUGGACGGAGCAAAAAGUGGAGUCUUGGUCAGAGCAGGCCGCCUUAUUUUACUACCAGACAUAAUUGGGAGAAGCUCAUCCGAAACUAGAGCUGGAAACGCCUCAUUUCGUUUCGUUCCCGUUCUUCAUUUCCUUCUUCUCGAAUCCAAGGGGGACUUCUCAUAUUUAGAAUCUUUCUGCGGUGUGCUCUGUUUACUAUUCUUUCGUACUCUCUUCUCUUUACCACGCGAUAGGUCAGCAAAGCGUGAGCGGGCGCAGAGAAGGAAACGCCAAAGACUUCGGCCUAACCCUAACGGGAAUGAGCAAGAACGAAAUGACAAGAUGAGGUGCUCCGGGCACCCCCAUUUAGAAAGAAGGGUCGAAGGUUUUGGGCCUGUAGCUUUCCCCGUCCCCCCUUCGUCGGGGGGUGCUUGUGUGGGGGGUGUGCCACCUGAACCUGAAAUCGGGCUUGAAGCUCUCGCCUUACCAACGAGCCGACAGCUGAUGGCUGUUGGUCACGACUACCACCAAAAAGCUCCAAUUCAGAUGAAUAUUGCACAUUUUGGAGUGUGCAUCUGUAUGUUGGGUGUUCUUCUGUCGUGCGACCCGGCGGCUUAUGUGCGACCUGUGGCCCACGCCUCCUAUUUGUUCAGGGCGGGCGGCGUGAACUCUGACUCGAUCCGGGUAUUCAAUCCCGCCGCUGAGAUGCUCAGUUGACUCCUUAACCUUGAUAGGAAG